GAGUCAAAUAUGGAGACAAGAAAAGGAUUGCUCACUAAAUUAGCCGGUUUCUCUGCUGUUGCUAUCGGUCUAACCGUUGUGGGGAAAAAACACAUUGCUUCUGCCAAGGAGAAAAGGCAUAGUAAAGAAAGUGAUGCUAGCUUGGAUUCUGACCUCGACUCGGAAUUCUUGGACAAUGGGGUGAGACCAGGGUUCCCCAAAAACAACCCAAACUUGAACUACGAGAGUGCUCAACGAGAAUCGCAGUAUGUUGGUGCUGGUGUGGCUUAUCUGACACGUACAAAGGGUGACCGCUUGAGUCUAUGGAACGUGAUCAAAUCGAAGAUGUCAGAUAAUGACGAAUGA